GGUGAUUGGGUGCGAGCGGUGCGGCGCUGCGCUGUGAUUGGCUACGGGGGGAGGAGCCGCGAUGUGAUUGGUGGAGAGCGGGAGGAGGCGGGGCCAGCGGCGGGGCGCGGGAGGCGGCGGCGGCACCGGGGCCGCACCGGGCCCGAACCGGGGCCGGGCCCGCACCGGGGCCGGGCCGGGCCGAACCGGGGUCGCUACGGGGCCGGGGGUGGCCUCGGCACCUGCAGGCCCAGCCGGCGAUGGCGGGACGCGGCUCCGUGCACAGCCUGAGCAGCCUGCAGAAAACCGCGCUGCUCCUGGGCCUCCCGGCCGCCGCCACCGUGUGCUACAUCCUGUACCGGCGCUACCGGGAGAGCCGAGAGGCGCAGGUGACGCUGGUGGCAGACGAGGGGCUGGAGGUGGCGCUGCGGGUGCCCCGCACGGCCCUGAAGGCGCUGAUCGGCCGCCGGGGAGCCACCAUCAACCGGCUGAGGCAGGAGACCGGAGCCCAGAUCUCGGUGGAGGAGGAGGAGGAGGAGGAGGAGGAGGAGGAGGCCGAGGGCCGGUCCCUGGUGCAGAUCUCGGGCUCGCCGGGCCAGGUGUGCCGGGCCAGGGCGGCCGUGCUGCGCAUCGUGGCCGACAGCGCGCCCGUGGCCGAGCAGCUGCGGGUACCCCAGAGGGCCGUGGGCAGGAUCAUCGGCCGCGGCGGGGAGACGGUUCGGGGCAUCUGCCGGAGCUCGGGGGCACGAGUGGAGUGCGGCCACGAGGGCGACGCCGGCCUGGCCCCGCUGCGCCUCAUCCGCCUGCUGGGGACGCGCAAGGAGGUGGAGGCGGCCAAGAAGCUGAUCAUGGAGAAGCUGGCGGAGGACAAGGCGUUCCGCCGGGAGCUGGCGGCGGCGGCGGCCGCCCGGUGCCCGCGGAAACAACCCCUGGGCAGCCGCCGGGAGCCGCCCCCGGGGCCUCCCCCCGGUGCUCCCGGCAGCCCCGGGGGCUGGCAGGAGUGCUGGGACACCGACUGGGCACCGGCGGCGGGCGGCGAGGGCGCGGAGCCGGCGGCUGAGGGCGAGGAGCCGCCCGCGGGCAAGUUCGAGGUGCCCAGCCCGGAUUUCAGCUUCCCGGUGGACGAGCACCUGGACGUGUACGUGUCUGCGGCCGAGAGCCCCGGGCGCUUCUGGGUGCAGCUGCUGGGCGCCCGCAGCCUGCAGCUGGACAGGCUGACGGCCGAGAUGGGCCACUUCUACCGCAGCAGCGCCCCGGUGCCACCCCCGUCGCUGCAGCCCGGGGACAUCGUGGCCGCUCCGUACCUGGCCGGCGGCGAGUGGUGCCGUGCGCGUGUCCUGGGCCCGCUGGACAACGGCCACCUGGGGCUGUCCUACGUGGACUUUGGGGACAGCGGCGAGGCGCCCCCCGAGGCGCUGCGGGCCCUCAGGAGCGACUUCCUGAGCCUGCCCUUCCAGGCCAUCGAGUGCAGCCUGGCCGGGAUCGUCCCCAGCGGUGGCGGCUGGCCGGCCCCGGCGCUGCAGGAGUUUGUCCGUCUGUCGGGCUGCGCUCGCUGGGCGCCGCUGCGGGCGCAGAUCUGCAGCUACGGCCCCGCCGGGCCCCGCCUGCGCCUCUUCGGCCGCCGCGGGCACGGACAGAGCCUGGACGUGGGAGCUGAGCUGGUGCGUUUGGGCUACGCCGUUCCCGGGCCCCCCGAGGAGCCCCCGGACAAUCUCGGCUGUGCCUCCCCCCCGAGCCCACCGGAGCCCGGGGACAGCCCCGGGACGCCGUCGUGCCUCGCCGCCGCCGCCGUGCCCGGGGAUGCCGUCACGGUCACCUGAAGCUGCCCGGUGCUACCGGGAGCCGCUCCCGGUGACCCCAUCACGGGGACCGGAGCGGUCCCGGUGCCAGCCCUGCCUGCAGCCCCCUCGGCGGAGCACUCCGGGAGGCCGGACCGGCAAAGCGCGGGGAUCUCCGCUUGUGCCUCUCGUCGGGACGCGCCACACCGGCACCGAGAACCGCCGGUGCCCCUUCCGUUACCGGGAGGUUCCCGUUACCCUCCCGGUUCCCUCGCCUUGUUUUGCUGUUCCGUUGCACUGACGGUGGUUGUGAGUUUAAUAAAGUUGAAGGUUUCGCA